GCUCUUGGUUUCAGUGGCGGCGGCCGUGCCGGCUGCUACCGCCAUCGUGUAGCAUUCUGGGAAACCCUGUCUGUGAACUCCGCCAAGAUGUCUGACAUGGAGGAUGACUUUAUGUGUGACGAUGAAGAAGAUUACGACCUGGAAUAUUCGGAAGACAGCAACUCAGAACCCAAUGUGGAUCUUGAAAAUCAGUACUACAAUUCAAAAGCAUUGAAAGAGGAUGAUCCUAAAGCAGCUCUUAAUAGCUUUCAGAAGGUUUUGGAAUUGGAAGGUGAAAAAGGAGAAUGGGGAUUUAAGGCACUUAAACAGAUGAUUAAAAUAAAUUUUAAACUGAGCAAUUAUCCAGAAAUGAUGAAUAGAUACAAACAACUACUCACCUACAUCCGGAGUGCUGUCACAAGGAAUUAUUCUGAGAAAUCUAUUAAUUCUAUCCUUGAUUAUAUCUCCACUUCCAAGCAGAUGGAUUUAUUGCAAGAAUUCUAUGAAACAACGCUAGAAGCACUAAAAGAUGCAAAAAAUGACAGAUUAUGGUUUAAAACGAACACCAAGCUAGGAAAGCUGUAUCUAGAACGGGAAGAAUAUGGAAAACUUCAGAAGAUACUGCGACAACUACACCAGUCUUGUCAGACAGAUGAUGGGGAAGAUGACUUAAAGAAAGGCACACAAUUGUUGGAAAUAUAUGCUUUAGAAAUUCAAAUGUAUACAGCACAAAAGAACAACAAGAAACUAAAAGCUCUGUAUGAACAGUCCUUGCACAUAAAGUCUGCUAUUCCACACCCGCUUAUAAUGGGUGUCAUCAGAGAAUGUGGGGGCAAAAUGCACUUAAGGGAAGGUGAAUUUGAAAAGGCACACACCGAUUUCUUUGAAGCUUUCAAAAACUACGAUGAAUCAGGGAGCCCGCGACGAACAACAUGCUUGAAAUAUUUGGUUUUAGCAAACAUGCUGAUGAAGUCAGGAAUAAACCCUUUCGACUCUCAGGAGGCUAAACCAUAUAAAAAUGACCCUGAGAUUCUUGCAAUGACUAAUUUAGUAAGUGCCUACCAGAAUAAUGACAUCACUGAAUUUGAAAAAAUUCUGAAAACAAACCACAGUAAUAUUAUGGAUGAUCCCUUCAUAAGGGAGCAUAUUGAAGAGCUCUUGAGAAACAUCAGGACGCAAGUGCUUAUAAAAUUAAUAAAGCCUUACACUAGAAUACAUAUACCCUUCAUUUCCAAGGAAUUGAACAUAGACGUGGCAGAUGUGGAGAGUUUGCUUGUGCAAUGUAUAUUGGACAACACUAUUCAUGGACGAAUUGAUCAAGUGAACCAGUUGUUGGAGCUGGAUCAUCAGAAACGAGGAGGUGCAAGAUAUACUGCUUUAGAUAAAUGGACAAAUCAACUUAAUUCUCUCAAUCAGGCCAUUGUUAGCAAACUGGCUUAACUGAUCAGCAGAGCGACAGCUAAUAUUUAAAGCAGCAUUGCAGUGAUGUUAAUCUUCACAAAUCUAGGAAUGGCAGCACUGCUUGUGGUGGUUGUGCCCCCCAAAAAAAUUGAAGCUUGACAGAAGUGCUUUCUUUGAUGGGCUGAUAUGUGUUUUGCUGCUGUGGUUUCCCAAGACAGCUUUAAUGUCCAGAAGAAAACCAAAAUGCCACAGAAUUUAUGCUGUGCUGACAUCUUGCUCUUCACAAUGUAUCAUUUUAUUAAAGGGCACAGAAAUGUCCUUAAGGAAGACUUUGUCAUGGUUUUAAAUACACACUGACACAUUUUGGUAAAAUAUGUAUCUAAGAAGUAAAGCAAAAUGAUGUUUUACCUUUAGAAAUCAUUUAUUUACAAUGUUUAGCAUUACCUGCAAUAACUUGAAAUGUAGACCUAUUAUGAGCAUUUUUUGUGUAUUAUAUGACAUGUUUGCUAUGUUUUGCAAAAUGUCAGGUCUCAAAGCCUUUUUUCCUCUUUCUUGCAAUUGUAGUCAAGGUACAACUCGGUCAUUUGUGGUCCUGUGCCACUUUAGGUUCCACUCCACAAAAUAAAACUGUGGCACGAAUAUUGUUUAAUUUGAAUUUAGUAGUUUCACAUUUAUUUUUAACAUUGCAGGGCUAUUCCCUAUUUUCAUAAAAAUAUUGAGUGCAUUUUUCUUUGAGGUGAGAAAAAUGUGUUUUAUUUGUAUUGUAUGCUUUCCUCAACUUUCUGCUCUUCCAGAAUUUAGUUUUAAGAGAAAUGAAAGGCCUACAUUGUAAACGCUUCCCCUUAUGUUUUAUUCAUUAAUAUUUGUUGCCUUUAUCACCAUUUACGGUUUGGUAGUCUCCUAUUCAUCACUUAAGGUUAUUAUUGUCACCCUCAUAGGACUCGCGUUCCAUUUCCAUCAGUUUUCUAUGUGGUUUUUGUGUGUUCUCUCUAUACCUUUGUUAGCUUUCAUCCAAUGUACCAGUUUUCCACAUUUAGGUUAAAAAACUACACACAAAAGAACCAGAAACAAAGUUAUGUGUUCUGAGAUUUUUCAAGUAAGACACAGAAUUUUCAAAUUUACUCACUAAUCAUGGCGCAGAAGAGUGCAUGAGAAUAAUGACCCUAUAAACCUUUUCUAAUAUUUGUUUUAUGAUGUACGCAAUGGGGGAACUCCAAGAGCACCUGUACAUACAUAAGGUUGCAGAUGACUUGACAAGGUUUGCUGAUUUUCAGUUACUUAGCUUAGCAUCAAGGAAGUGCUUCAUGGAUGAUAAGCAACUAUUUAGCUUAGCCCAUAGGUGAGUUUUCAGACCUGGGAUAACUUAGUUUUACAGUUCGUGUUAAACUUUAAUGGUAAAAUAAAACUCCAGUCAUAUAAGAUGAAUGGUCAUGUUGACUUGCUUUUGCGGUUUGUGUGAGUGUGUGAUGUGUCAGUGGUCACAUCUCAUCCUUGCUGAUUUACUGGCUGCUCCUGAGUGAAUAAUGGACUAAUGGAAGUGAAUGAAAAUAGAACAGCAAUUGAGUAAUUCCAUUCGGGACUUCAUUUGUGCAUACUGUGCACCUUUCAAAAGUAGUAAUAUUCAGCCCUGCCCAGAAAGUGUUUUGUAUAUGUUGGUAUGAAGAGUCUUUAAAGAACAAAGAAAAAUCUAUUGUGACAAUGUGAUCAUCUUUAAUUAUUGAAUAAUGCUCAGUUGGUGGUCUUUUGCACAGCUUGUUUGUAAGUAGUUGCAUUUGUUCAGUUGCUUGAUGAGGAAAUUUGACUUUAUUCUUAUUCAAUUUGAAACUUAAGUUGUUAUUUAAGUUGUUACUUCUUCCUUUUAGAAGAAACAGACCUGCAACAUUUUUUUUUCUUAACCACUUUUCAAAUCCAUUGUUGUCAUAUGAAUCCAGGAUGGUGGAUGCCAAGAAUCUUCAUGUGAAGGAAUACAAGUAAGACACCUUUCUCUCUGACUGCAUCAGAUUCAGUUAGCCUGUUUCCUUAUGAGUACCUCCAAUGACAACUCCUAAAAUAAGCAAUUAAAAAAAUACAUAGAUAAAUGUAAAUGGAUACCUGUAACAAAUGUACACAGUUUCGAGUCUGUUAUUUUUAAACAGUAAAACCACAUUAAAAUAUUUUUGAGAAUAAGAA